GAUCAAUUCAACUUUCCUUUCACCUUCUUUUUGCACAUAGAGCCUUCGUGACCCCGAAUUAGGGCUUGGAGCGUGAUGGCAAAGUCCAAUGGAAGUGUGCGCCAGAGAAAGGCGAAUGGCAAAGUAUCAGACAUUCCCGGCGCGACGAUAGCUGGCAAGAACGAUGUUGCGAUCCAAAGGCAGCAUACAGAAAGCAGCCCGAGCAUGCUCCAGCUUCUUGUAUGCGUUGGAGGUAUCUAUGCCUCUUUCUUGACAUGGGGCGUCCUCCAAGAACGAAUCACGACGACAAAUUAUGGCACCGACUCAAAACGAGAAGUUUUCAAGUACCCAGUGGUCAUGAACACAGUACAGUCUACCUUCGCUGCCAUCUUUGGUUACCUCUUCGUUCUGGCCACCCGAAAAUCGCCAACUGAUCUGCCGAUCAUUCCAAACACACGCAUCCUCUGGCCGCUGACUCUGGUGGCCUUCACAUCGGCCCUGGCCUCACCAUUCGGAUACGCCAGUCUUCAAUACGUGGACUACAUCACCUUUCUUUUGGCAAAGUCCUGCAAAUUGCUUCCUGUCAUGUUCCUUCAUGUCACGCUGUACCGGAAGAAGUAUCCGUUCCAGAAGUACGCUGUGGUUGCGCUUAUCACAGCUGGUGUUGCCAUCUUCACGCUCCAACAACCAGCUGGAAAGAAGCACAAGGGUGCCGAAAGCAGCAGCGUCUACGGUCUUGUCUUGCUGGGGAUCAAUCUUCUGUUCGACGGCUUGACGAACUCCACCCAGGACGAUAUUUACGCCAGCUUCCGCCCAUACACCGGCCAGCAGAUGAUGUGCGCGCUGAAUGUCAUGUCAACGAUAUUGACUUCAGUCUACUUGCUCCUACUUCCGUAUCUAGCCCAGAGUGGCAUUGGUGCCGUGGUCGGCCUAGACCUUGGUAAAGGGGCUGGCGAGCUUCAUGCGGCGUUGGCAUUCAUUCAGAGGCACCCGGCCGUGGGUUGGGACAUCUUGGGCUUUGCUGCAAGUGGUGCACUCGGGCAGGUCUUCAUUUUCAUGACCCUGUCUCUCUUUGGCAGUCUGCUCUUGGUUGGAAUCACGGUCACCCGAAAAAUGCUGACCAUGAUCAUCUCUGUGGUGUGGUUCGGCCACAGCUUGAAUAACAUGCAGUACCUCGGUAUUGGCUUAGUCUUUGGAGCGAUCGGCAUGGAAGGCUACUUGAGUAAAGUCGAGAAGGAGAGGAAAAUGCGAGAGAAGAAGGCAGCAUAA